AUGUCUGAAACAGGAUCUGAAAGCACCAUAGAUAGAGAGGCCAGGCUUGCGGCCGCACGGAAGAAGUUUGAGGAGGCGAGGAAGAAAAUGAAAAAGCCAACAACGCCAAAUCCAGAACAAGUCGGUGCUAAUGCCAGACUGCCCGAUACAGCCACCAAGGCCAAAUUGGCCGAAAACUACCAGUUGCACAGCACCAUAGAAGAACAGAGAGCAACAAUUGACAAGCUCAAAGAAGAGAACACCGACUUGAAGCUCACAAACAUGGACCUCAAGGAACAAAUCAAGGCCCUCGAACAGAAUAUAGAGAAUCUCAAAGCGGGCAAGCCAGAGGAGACGCGUCUGCUGAGGAGCAAGUUCGACGAUUUACUUGAUGACGAUUUGCUUGAUGACGACGAGGAUGAUCUCAACGCCGAUACCACAUACGGUCAGGCCACUGGUACACCCAUCCGUUCAACCAGUCGAUCCGAGGUUCUUAGGCUGUUUUCUAGCCACCUGGAGGCGGACCAAAAAGAUUUCGAAGACUUCGAUAAGAAAAUCGACGCCGGUCUUCUGGACAUUGUUCUGUCGAUCGUUGGCAGGGUCAGCACAGAGGCACCAUCUGAUAUUCCUGAAACGGCUAACGAUAAAGCUUUGGAAGAAGUGGAAAGCAAACCAGCCGACGAAGGAAAGCCUGAUCUUGACGAGUUGGACCUUGGUCCUAUAGAUGACACAGAAGACUUCAACGCGGAGCCUGAAGCCACUGGACAUGAAGCCCAGGAGGUUCACGAGAGCAAACCGAAGGAGCUUGCUGCUGAGCCUGAGGCUGCUGAACCUGAGGCUGAAGACCUCAACCUUGAAGAUGUACCUUUAGAAGACGAAAAGCCUACGACUGAUGAUGUUCUGAUCAAGUUAGACGAUCUCGAUUUAGGCCCAAUUGACCCUGCUCAGGACGAGGAAACAGAGAAGGACAAGGAAGCUGAAACGCAAGCAGACUUAGCUGAGGCCGAGAGGAGCGAGCAGGAGAAGGCCGAUCAGGAGAAGGCUGAACAAGAAAAGGCUGAACAAGAAAAGGCCGAUCAGGAGAAGGCUGAACAAGAAAAGGCUGAACAAGAAAAGGCUGAACAAGAAAGGGCCGAGCAAGAAGAAGCUGAACGCAAGAAAGCAGAAGAAGAAAAGGCCGAACAAGAAAAGGCUGAACAAGAAGAAGCUGAACGCAAGAAAGCAGAGGAAGAAAGAGCUCAACAAGAACAACUAGAAAAGGAGCGUGCUGAACAGGAAAGGAUUGAAGAGGAAAGACUCAGAGAGGAGAAGGCGGCUGAGGAAAAGGCCGAGCAAGAAAAGGCCGAAGAAGAACGAAUCGAAAAGGAGAGAGCUGAAAAGGAGGCCGCUGAACGUCAACAGACAGAGGAGAAGGCUGAGCAAGAAAGAAUCGAGCAGGAGAAGCUCGAGCAGGAACAAGCAGAACAGCAACGCAUAGAGGCUGAGAAGGCCGAACAGGAAAAAAUCGCUACCGAGAAGGCCGAGGAGGAAAAAGCGGAGGCACAACGUCAAGAACAGGAGCGCCUUGAACAGGAGAGGCUAGAGCAAGAAAAGGCGGAACAGGAAAAGGCUGAGCAAGAGAGAAUUGAACAGGAGGAGAAGGAGAGAGCCGAACAGAAGAGAAUUGAGGAGGAGAAGGCUGAACAAGAGAGACUCGCGGACGAAAAGGCCGAACAAGAAAGAAUCGAGCAAGAAAAAGCCGAACUGGAAAGAUUAGAGAAGGAGGAAGCUGAGAAGGAGGAAGCUGAGAAGGAGAGAGCCGAGAAGGAGAGAGCUGAACAGGAGAGAGCUGAACAGGAGAGAGCUGAACAGGAGAGAGCUGAACAGGAGAGAGCUGAACAGGAGAGAGCUGAACAGGAGAGAGCUGAACAGGAGAGAGCUGAACAGGAGAGAGCUGAACAGGAGAGAGCUGAACAGGAGAGAGCUGAACAGGAGAGAGCUGAACAGGAGAGAGCUGAACAGGAGAGAGCUGAACAGGAGAGAGCUGAACAGGAGAGAGCUGAACAGGAGAGAGCUGAACAGGAGAGAGCUGAACAGGAGAGAGCUGAACAGGAGAGAGCUGAACAGGAAAGAGCGGAUAAGGAACAGGCCGAAAAGGAGCUUGCUAAGGAAAAGGAAGCGAAGCUCGAUGCCGCUCUCUCGGCAGAUCUUGAAGACGUCGAAGUUGAGCCACUCCAGCCUGAAUCCGAGCCCAAGGCCUCCGAAGCUCCAUUGCCAACCCAGCAAAAUACUCAACCAGAAGCCGUUGACCUCAACUUAGAGGUGCAAGAUGGGGUACCCAGUCACCCCACAAGUCAGGAAGCCUCCCAGCAGCAGGAUCUCAAUAACAAGUUUGACAAUAUUGACUUGGGACCAUUGCAUGAUGAAGAGGUUGCAUUGAACAACGCUGACUCGAAGUCCAAUGACAAGCCCGAUGACUCCAUUUUCGACUUCUCCGCCUUCCAAGGUGAUGACGUCUCCUUGUCGCAAAUUUCUGAUUUCCCCAACGAGUACGCUACGGAAGAGCAAAAAGCAAUUGCCAUGUUCUCCACAGAGACUGCUGAUUUCAAAGAGCGCCUCAUGAUGUGGAAGAAUUGGCAAGUGGACAUGACUGGCUGGACUACACUGGGAAUUCCACCCAAAGUGGCGCUCUAG